AUGAGUAAGAGAAACCCCAACACUGUUCGGAAAACUGAAGGUUGUAUCAGGAAAUUUGUUGACUGGAUAGCACAACCACCCCGCUCUGACGUAAGGCCAUUGUGCGAUAUUUUGCCAUUUGAAAUGGACACUUAUAUAGGAGGGUUUCUUUUAUUUGCCCAGAAGGAUGACGGAUCCCAUUAUGAACCCGACACUUUGACAAGCUUCCAUCUCGGAAUUGACCGUCAUUUACGCGAAAUAAACUAUGCAUACAACAUCACGACGUCAGAGUUGUUCAGCACGAGCCGCCAGGUGCGAAGGAAAGAACUUAAACAACGGGGGUUAGGCAACAAACCAAAUAGGGCCGAGCCGGUCAGUGAAAAUGAGGAAAACGCGUUGUGGGAAAGUGGGCAGUUAGGGUUGGACAAUCCAAAGUCUCUUCUUAUUACCAUUUGGUACCACAACACGAAAUUGUUGGGGUUCAGGGGGUGUGACGAAAACAGGCAAUUAAAAUGGGGAGAUCUUGAACUGAAAACAGAUGAAAAAGGCCAAGAAUAUUUGGAAUUCAAUGAAAUAUCGACUAAAACCCGUGGAGGAAAUUCUACUCACCAAAGAUCGUUUAAUCCAAAACUUUUUGCAAAUCCACAGAAUUUAUCUAGGUGUCCAAUCGAAUCUUAUAAACUUUACGCAAAACAUAGACCAGUUGAAAUGAACACUGGCGAAUCCCCUUUCUAUCUUGCUGUUAACCACAACGAGAACGGUAAAAAGUGGUUCAAAAAUCAGCCAGUUGGGAAAAAUAAACUUUCCGUAAUGAGGAAAACAAUGGCUAAUAAUGCUGGUCUUGUUGGAAAAAAGACCAACCAAUCUCUCCGAAAAAACUCUGUGCACAAAACUUUUGCAUUCUGGCGUUGCACCGACGACGAUUAUGCAGUUGAGUGGCCAUAA